GGAAGUUUAAGUGCCCGUUGAGCCCAUCGUCCGCUCCUUGUCCCGCCCACCCACGCUGCUCGAAUCACCCGAAUUGCCCAAGCCGCCGGCCUCCUCGGAUAAUGGAAGAGUGACGGAAUCGAGACCUCGAAAUCCAGGCGAUUGCAGGAGCGGCUGUCGCGCCGGUCUCCUUAAAUACGGGCAGCCCGCUUUACGAAUUCUCAGAGAGCCGACUCUCAAGCUUGAUCCAAAUCCCUCCUCCGAAUCUCUCUCGCCUACCACUGUGCAGCGCGCUUGCUGGUUUGCGGCCACGCCUACCAUCAGCGUCACGACGCUCUUAGACCAGCCGCUUGCAUGCGCUCCCGUCACCAGCGGGGAUCCACCGACGGACGAGCCUGAUGGAGAGGCCGCGGCACCGACCGGUCCAAUCGAGAGAUUCAGGGCGCUUCUUCGGAUUGGGGAGCAAUGGGCUCGGUACAAGCAAGGGGGCACAGCGGAACACUGGACGCACAGUCGGAGGGCCCCUCGUUCACUUCAAUACGACAGACCGACCAGAUAGACGCGACAUCUUGCAGCUCCCCGGUAGCCCAUGAUGUUACCCUCGAAGUCGACGAGAGCAGCUAUAUUUCCGCCGAGAUACGCGAGGUACUGUCGCAGGACGCUCAGGAACCGCACCUGGAGGUGGACGAGGGUUGCGAGGAAGCGUCGGACGAGGAACCCUGCUCCCAAUCGGUCUACGCUAUGAGCAUGUAUCCCGGGGCUGGGCCUGCCUUUCAGGUCGAGCAAUCGUAUCGGAACGGCCACGACUCUGCCACCAUUGACUCGGCCCGGACGCUCUAUGCCGAGGAUUUCGAUUUCGUCGUCGAGAACGGUCGGCAGUACUGCGGCGACUACUUCCUCCCCAUCGACCAGACGGAGCAGACACGUCAAUAUGUUAUUCAUCAAGUUUAUCUUAAGCUCUUCAACCUCGAGCUUACGACGGUCCCGUUGGAGAACCCGACUUACAUUCUUGACAUCGGCACGGGGAUAGGCGAAUGGGCCAUCGGCAUGGCCGAGAAGUAUCCGCAAUGCGAGGUCUUUGGCACCGAUAUCGCGCCCAUCCAGCCUACACAUCAAGUCCCUUUCAACGUCGAGUUCCACAUUGAGAACGCCGAAGAGGAAUGGAUCCGCCCAGCCAACGCGGUCGACCUUGUCCACCUGCGAAACAUGGAAGGUGCAUUUUCCGACUGGUCCUUCAUCUACAGCCAGGCGUUUGCGUGCUUAAAACCGGGCGGCUGGAUCGAGGUCAUCGACUGGGAAGACUUCUUCGCCGAGAAGAACUUCCUCUCCUUCUACCCAGAGGGCUCGGUGCUGUACAUCUUCGUCAAGGCACUUCUCGAGGCCGCCGAGCUGGCGGGGAAGCCCCGCAACUCACGGCAUCUGAACAAGAACCUGUUGACGGAGGCGGGCUUCGUCGACAUCCAGGACUCCGUGUACGACCUCGGCAUUGGGUCGCGCGAGAACAGCAGCUACGGCAAAUUUUGGUUCUUUUCCGUCAUCACGGGCAUCGAACCCACCGCCCUACGCCUGCUGACGAAGUACCUCGGUUGGGACCCCGACGACGUGCGCGAGCUGUGUGAAAAGGUGGCCCAGGAGAUUAAAGCGGUUGCCGACGACCCGGACAGGGUGGACGCUUUUGUCGUCAAGCUCCGCGUCGUUGUCGGGAGGAAACCAUUGGACCAGGGACAGAACGCAGCCAGCAAGGCGCCAACGCGAGACGAGUGCCAGGAACACAGCGGCGACGAGAGCACGAUUGGGAAAAGGACAAUAAGGUCCGAACGGACGGCUUGAAGGGAUAUGUACGCGGCGAAUGGGGAACAUACAGGAUAGACUUCCAUGCACCUGCUCUGUCGGCAAUUGGGGACCCGCGAAAACAUUAGAAACUUUUGGGAAAGGAUGAGGAAUUGCCAUCACCAUUCCAGCUUUUUUUUUCUUUUCUUUCUCUUCGUUCCCCUCCUCCUCCUCCUUCUCCUCCUCCUCCUGCUCUUCUUCUUCCUCCUAUUCUUCUUGUCGCCCUUCUGUUGGCUGUGAUUGUCUUCUUUAUUUUCCUCCUUUUUACUUCCUGUAGAUACCCAAUUAGCCUCUUCUAUGUGUACAUAGGUUACCUCACGGUUGCAUAGCUGGAAAGCUAGGAGCUCAGGGUAAUGGUAUUUGGUUGUGGUAAUCAGUGCUCAUCUCGAACCUCCAAG